CAUCUGUCUCCAUGGAUACUGCAAUAUCACAUGCCCUCGCUAAGUGGGCGGAGGACUCAGCAGAUGAUGAGGAUGACUACCAGAUUUCUGACGCCGUGAUGAUCGGGUCUUUCGGCGAAGACGCAGGAUAUGAGGCUAAGACUCUCAACGAUAACUCAGAGGACCCCGACGCCCUGAGCGUCCAUAUAUUCCGCGUUGGAAGCGCUGCCCCUCACAGGAAGGUAGGAGGUGAGAUGAGCUUAAAGGGGCGACCAGGGCAGGGAGACCGGACCAGGACUGAGGUUGAGGCAGAAUUGCAUCCAAAAAAGUCUGGGAGAAGACGAGUUUCAAAGGUAGGGUCGCGUUCUGACCCGACCCAGCUCAACAAGCGUGUGUUCAGUAUUCCAGAGACCACCCAUGGUCAGGGAGGCAUCUUCUACUCCUGGCAGAAGACACUGGGAAACUAUCUAGCAACUACUGGGUUUAGUGCUGUUGCUAAGGAUCUUCCUUCAAAUAAAGUUGCUCAGACUGACACUGUAACAACAAGGUUUGAUCAUAUCGUCAGGAUCUAUGACCGUCAUGGAGAACUCCGGGAUGAAAUCAGUUUGCCUGGAAUGUGUUCAGGGCUUGGCUGGGACAAGGACGGGGACACGCUGGCGAUAAUUAAUGAUAAAACCAGUGUCAUCUUCCUUUGGGAUGCCAACACCCACAAGACGUCGCAGCUUGACAGCGGACUCAGGGAUUCCUUGACCUUCCUCUUAUGGUCUAAAGUUGGUACCCAGCUGGCCAUUGGGACUGCCAAAGGCAACCUCCUCAUCUACAACCACCAGACGUCAAGGAAGGUCCCCAUCCUUGGAAAACACACCAAGAAGAUUACAUGUGGAGCCUGGAGUACCCAGAACCUGUUGGCACUUGGCAGCGAUGACCACGCCAUCACAAUCAGUAAUGCAGAUGGGGACACUGUGCGACAGACAACCGUCCGAGCUAGUCCAUCCGAUAUCCAGUUUUCUGAGAUGAAGGGAGAUGAGAGGAGUGCUAUGGGGGAAAAUACUGUGAGUGUUGUGAUUGGCAGGAAGACCCUGUUUCUCUACAACAUGAACGACCCGGAGAACCCUAUCGAGCUGGCAUUCCAGCAGAGAUACGGUAACAUCGUGGCUUACAAAUGGUACGGCGAUGGCUACAUCAUGAUCGGCUUCUCGCAGGGCUACUUCGUGGUGAUCAGUACGCACAUGAGGGAGAUUGGUCAGGAGCUUUUCCAAGCGAGAAACCACAAGGACAGCUUGACAAGUAUUGCUGUUUCUCUCUCCCUGAACAAGGCUGCCUCCUGUGGUGAUAACUGUAUAAAGAUCCACGACCUCUCCGACCUGAAAGAGAUGUAUGCCAUCAUCAACCUCGAAGAAGAGCGCGGCCUUGACAAGAUCUCCUGGACAGAUGACGGACAACUCAUGGCCGUCUCUACGCAGAAGGGCACACUACACGUCUAUCUGACGAAACUACCAAUCCUAGGCGCAGCAUACCACACGAGGAUCGGAUAUUUGACGUCAUUGUUGGAGGUGACCGUCCAUGAUUUUGUGCAGCAGGAGGACCCUGUGACCAUCGCUGUUGAUGUCGAGCCAACCUUUAUCGGCCUGGGGCCGUUUCAUCUUGCUGUUGGUAUGAAUAACAGAGCGUGGUUCUAUCUGCUUGGAGACAAUGGCCCAGAGAAGCAGAAAGACCGAGAAUACCUAGGCACUGUAAACACCAUGAAGUUGAAUGCUGAUUAUGCUGCUGCUAGCUUUGAAGGAAAAGUUCAGCUUCAUUUUAUUGAAGACGAAUCAGCCACGAGUGAGGAACGUCAGACCAAACUCUUCCCAGAGCAGAACGAUUGCCGCAUCACCUGUCAUGAUAUCUCACACGAUUUCCUCAUCUAUGGAUCGGAUACUGGUGGGAUCCACUACUUCUCCAUCGAGGACUGGCAGUUUGUCAACGAGUAUCGCCAUGUGGACGGCAUCAGAAAGAUCUUCCCCGACCCCAGUGGCACCCGGCUCAUCUUUAUUGAUGAGAAAAGUGAUGGAUAUGUGUAUAACCCUGUGAAUGAUCAUGUAGUUGAAAUCCCAAACUUCUCCAACACUACAAAGGGAAUUCUUUGGGACAAGGCCGACAAGCAUGUGUUUGUUACUUACGAUGAUGAGAACAUCAUAUCUUAUGUCCUGUGCAAGGAGUCGUAUAAGGAAACUCUGAAAAUUCAGUGUGCCAAGGUGACCAUGGCAGGAACAUCGAAACUUCCGUACGGCCACGUGCCGAUCAUGCUCCACCAUGGAGAGGUGACCUUGCAGACUCAGAGUGGCAAAGUCACCAUGCUUGUACUUGAUACGCACAACUUUGAGGGUAAACCACAACCUGAAAAACCACAGCACGAGCUGAGGACAGCCCUGGAGAAAACGAUUUCUCUGCGAAGAUACACAGAUGCGUGGAAUUUCUGCUCCAUCCUCAACAGCAAAGAGGCCUGGCUUGACCUUGGUAAAGCUGCCCUUCAGAACUUGGAGAUUGAUUUUGCCAUUCGUGUCUACAGAAACAUUGGAGAUGCUGGCAUGGUGAUGUCUCUGAUCAAAAUCAAGGAUAUCGAGGACCGCAAUCUGCUGUCUGGAUUCAUCGCAAUGUUCAUGGAGGAUUUUAAUCUGGCCCAGGAUUUGUUCCUGGCUUCUGGGACUCCUGUUGCUGCGCUUGAGAUGAGAAGAGACCUGCUACACUGGGACUCUGCCCUUCAGCUGGCCAAGGCUCUGGCGCCAGAGCAGAUCCCCUUCAUCUCCAAGGAGUAUGCCCAGCAGCUUGAGUUCACCGGUGACUACCUGAACGCGUUGUCCCAUUAUGAAAAAGGUGUGACCAAGGAGGAGGCAAAUAAGGAACACGAUGAGUCUUGUGCUGCUGGGAUAGCAAGGAUGUCCAUUCGCAUGGGUGAUAUCAGACGCGGUGUUGGUAUGGCAUUGAAAAUGCCGAGCAGGCUCUUGAAGAAGGAGUGUGCUGCUAUAUUGGAAAGCAUGAAGCAAUGGUCCGAGGCAGCCAUGUUGUACGAGAAAGGUGGUUACUUUGACAAGGCUGCGUCCGUCUACAUCAGGAGUAAGAACUGGGCCAAGGUCGGUGAGCUGCUACAACACGUCACCUCCCCCAAGAUCCACGCGCAGUAUGCUAAGGCUAAAGAGGCUGAUGGCAGAUACAAGGAGGCUGCUCAGGCUUAUGAGAAUGCUAAGGACUGGGAUAACGUAAUCAGGAUCAAUUUGGAUUACCUCCAGAACCCAGAAGAAGCUGUCAAGAUUGUGAGGGAGACUCAAUCAAUUGAAGGAGCAAAAAUGGUGGCCAAAUUCUUCCUCAAGCUGAGCGACUACUCGUCUGCCAUCCAGUUCCUCGUGAUGUCCAAGUGUAACGAUGAAGCAUUCCAACUCGCACAAUCUCACAACCAGAUGGAAACAUAUGCCGAAAUCAUUGGCCCUGAUGCAACACCUGAUGACUACAGAAGCAUUGCUUUACACUUUGAAAACGAGCGCAACCACUUCAUGGCGGGGAAAUUCUUCCUCCUCUGCAGUCAGUACGCCAAGGCGCUGAACCACUUCUUGAGAUGUAAGAAUCGCGAGGAGCACCAAGCGAUUGAGAUGGCAAUCGAGACGGUGGGGCGUGCGAACGACGAUCAGCUGACACAUCAACUGAUAGACCAUUUGAUGGGAGAGACAGAUAACAUGCCCAAGGAUGCCAAGUAUCUCUUCAGACUUUAUAUGGCGUUGAAACAGUUCAGGGAGGCGGCCCGCACUGCCAUCAUCAUAGCACGAGAGGAACAGAAUGCCGGGAACUAUCGAAAUGCCCACGAUGUCUUAUUUAGCAUGUUCCAGGAACUCAAACAAAACAAGAUCAAGAUUCCCACAGAGAUGAUCAAUAACUUGAUGAUUUUACACAGCUAUAUCUUAGUGAAGAUCCAUGUAAAACGUGGUGACCACUUGAAGGGAGCAAGAAUGUUAAUCCGUGUGGCCAACAAUAUCAGUAAAUUCCCUGCACAUAUCGUUCCCAUCCUGACGUCCACAGUUAUUGAAUGUCACAGAUCUGGUCUCAGAAACUCAUCAUUCAGUUAUGCAGCGAUGCUUCUGAGACCAGAGUAUAAAAAUCAAAUAGAUCUCAAAUACAAGAAGAAGAUAGAGGCUAUAGUCAGAAAACCUGACAAAACAGAAGAAGAAGAGCCCAACACUCCUUGUCCAUACUGUGGCUUCCAUUUACCAGAGACAGAAUUGACAUGUCCAGAGUGUAAAAAUAAUAUACCAUUCUGUACAAUCACGGGCCGCCACAUUCUGAAAGAAGAUCUGACUGCUUGUCCGUCCUGUGAAUUCCCAGCUAUCUACUCUGAGUUCAUCAGUCUGUUAGAGACCGAGGACACAUGCCCCAUGUGCUCGGAGAAGGUGAUGUCAGAGAAUCUUUCUAAGGCACAAGACGUGAAAAAGUAUCUUCAGACGGAGACAGAAGAUUGAGGUGAUGCAUUAACAGAGGACUAAAGUCAAUGCAGGUGGUGACUGUUGGUUAUGUCACGUCUCCGGUGGACGACAGUGCUGGAAUCUAUGAGUCCUGUAUGACGAAACCGAUGUGACUUCACCGACGGUCACCACCUUAAGUCAAUGAGAACUUUUCUGAAGUUACUCCUGAAAGUCCUUCUCAGCUUUUUGAACUUGGAAGAUAUUUAUAAACACAGAUGUAUUUACUAUUGACUAUUGAGUCUUAUUGAUGUAAAAGUAAUAUCCACUGAAGAAUUUAAUAGCAAGACUUCAGAAAUCAUUGUUCUCACAAUAUAUAACAUUUGGCUUGUAACUUGUGUGUGAAUCCUGGGUAGUUUACAGUUUAAAACAAUAUUGGAAAAAGUAUCGACCCAGUGUAUGAUCUGAUCAAUGCCAUCCAAAGUUUGUGAAAAUUUAUGUUUAAUUAUCAUAUAUUUUGUAACAAACAUAUUCAUGUACCGUCCACUGUCAUUAUUGGAUUGUUGCAGUGUGCAAUGUUAUUUCUAUUGAUGAUUUUCUCCUUCAGAUGUUGUGUUGAGGUUCAGUUGUAAUCUGCGACAGUCAACUGUUUUCUUUGUCAAAUACUUCAUGUGUGAUGCAAGACCUUAUAAUGUGAUAAUGAUAUAAAAAUAAAAUGAAUGAAAAGGA